UUCUUUUUCCACAUGUUUGCAGACCACUCCUUCUCUCCCUCUCGAUUGGAUUAUGUGUCCAUGCUGAAGUACUUUGCUGCAGACCCCAACCCCACACAGGGCUUCAUCCGAGCACUUAGCGUGGUCCUUGGUCAAAAACUCACGCAUUCCUCACUGAGCCAUCUUGUCAAAUCUAUGCCCAUCAUAGAAGAGAAUGGAGACCUCUCCUCCUCUGAACUUGACUACAAGGAAGAAGGGGCUCUCAGUGCAUCAAGCAUUUUGGGAGAUGAGCAGGAAGUGUCGAUCCCUGUUCUCCUUUCUGUCAUCUGCCACAAAAUCACUAAGAUGGAAGACAAAAGCCACGUUCCCUCCGGCAGCCCGAAUCAGAAGGAGCACACUGCGAACCUGGUGGAAGUAUUCAGAGAGCUGGGAUAUGAUCCUGAGGACCAUGUCCCUUUUUCCAUUCUCUCUCAGCAUCCUUCUGUUCUGUCGCUGAUGGAGAGUUGUACACACCACCAGCUUGUGAACAUUCAUGGAGUGUUACUGGACAGUCAGCAUGGAGGAGAGACUAACAGCUCAACACUUUCAUAAAGGAUAAGAUAAAGACAUAAUUCUGGCCGCACUGUGAAGAACUCUAACUUGGGAAAUGCACAAUUUUGAAGUGUUCUAAUUAUUUUAAUGUUUAAAAUGCUAUGUUAAUAGGUGUGCAUCCAUACACUGGUGUUGUACUACAUAUU